AACCCCCGCCUCACCCUGCUCCUCCUGCCGCCAUGGGCGGCUCCUCCUCCAGCCGCCGCCGCCGCGACGACUACUACCAGGCCCCGCCCCCUCACUACGCCAACUACCCGCCGCCCCCGCCGCCGCACCACCACCACCCGCCUCCCCCUCCCCCUCCCCACCACCACCACCACGGCCCUCCCCCUCCACCACCCCCCUCCGCCGCGGCCUACUACUACCACCAGCCCCCGCCCCCGCACGCCUACGGCCCCUGGCACCCCGCGCCCCAGCCGCCGCAUCUCCCGCCGCCGCCGCCCGCGCUCACCGGCCCCCCGCCCCAGUUCGUGGGCCACCAGCAGGCCCUCAAGGUCAAGAACGACGUCAACCUGCGCAAGGACACCAUCCGCCUCCUGCCCGACCCGGAGGACCCCGACCGCCGCCUCGUCUCCUUCACCUUCGACGCCGUCACCCACGGAAGCUUACUUAUAUACUACUUCGCCAAGGAAGGAAAGGACUGCAGUUUCUCUUCGGUGUAUCCAGACUUACAGACACCAACAAAGAUACCUUUCGAGAAAGGCCUGGCUCAAAACUACGUCCAGCCCUCUGGCUCUGGCAUCGACUUGGGAUUCUUUUCGCUGGAUGAGCUUUCAAAUCCUUCAGAGGAAGUGUUCCCGCUGGUUGUCUACGCGGAAGCUUGCCCGUCUCCUGAGGAAGGUGGUCAGCCAGUGAACUCCACUCGGGCACAGAUCACUCUUGCUGUUAUAGAGAAACAUAACGAUGACCUCCAAGUCAAAGUUAUCAAGCAAAUACUGUGGAUUGAUGGAGUGCGAUAUGAGCUGAAAGAAAUUUUCGGGAUUGUCAACUCCACGGAAACUGAUGUUCCUGAUGCUGAUGAUGAUGACGCGGGAAAAGAAUGUGUCAUCUGCUUGACGGAGCCAAGGGACACGGCUGUUUUCCCAUGUAGGCAUUUGUGUAUGUGCAGUGGGUGUGCACAAGCUCUGAGUCUUCAGUCAGAUAAAUGCCCCAUAUGCAGACAGCCUAUUGAGAAACUAAUAGAGAUCAAAGUUAGAAGUCCUGAGCCGUAAAGAAGACCUUGCUGUAUGCUCUACAUGUGGAGGAUCUGUGAAUAAUAAGCUAAAAUGGUGGUGCAUGGGAAGCUUCAUCAGCUGGCUGUUGUUUCCCUAUGUUAUGAUUAGCGGGCGAAGGGACACACUGCCUUUGUCCUUGGAAAAUCACGAAGUGUAACUUGUGAAUAGUACCGUCCAUGUCCAUGCAUCCAAAAAAUGUAAUGGUGUAUUGUGCCUGUGAAUCCUGUACAUAUUGAGUGUGGGUUUUCGCUA